AUGAUUUUUUUCAGUAACAUAUUGCUGAUCCAUCACUUCUUAUGUACCAACACGGAUAGUAAGGAAAACAGUAUCAGCUCAGGAUGUGUGUACCCAGACGAAGAAUAUAUGGAUAAUCCGGGGUACGUGCAAGAUGAGUCAGAGCAAGAAUCGGAUGACAGACAUGCUCUCAUUGCAGAAUACCUCAAGAUUCUAAACGACAGAAUACUCCGUGAGGAUGCAAAAAUGGGUGUAUACAAGAACUUGCAAACCUUUUAUCACGAGCUUCCAAAGACAGUACGAUUUGUCUACGAGACUAUGAGGUUUGGUUUGCAUUUUUCUGUUAAGCAAGAGGACAGCACAGAGCCACCGGGAGGAUUGAAUGUUUCUAUUGACAAGACGAGCAUUGAGAUGGUGAAAUGUAUUUUUGCAAAAUACCGUAUUAUGUUCUUGAAAAUUGUUGUUCGUAGGUUGUUGGAAGAUUUAUCUGAUCUCAGAGAUAUGAUACAGCAAUUUUAUUUCAUUACUGAUCUAUAUCUUCAUAACUUGACGCAUGAAUAUACAGAUCGGAUCUAUGAACCUCAUAGAACAGUGCAAGAUUUUAUAAAUAUUGAAAAAACUCCAAAAUUACGAACGCUAACAAUUAUCCGUAUGAUAGUUGCUGAUGAAUUUUUAGAGAAAAUAAGUAAUACAGCACUGGAAAAUCUGAGUUUUACCGAAUGUAUUUUUCUCACUUCAGAAGGUACUGAGAAACAGCCGAAAAAAAUUAAGUUAGCAUUUGGAGAAUCAUAUAAAGCAGUCUGCUUCGACAUGUGCAGUAUAUAUAUUGAAGACAUAAAAUCACAAACCAUAUGUCAAUCGCACUAUGCAACAAUUAUCAUUGAACUGAGUAACUGUAUAAAUCUACGUACUCUGACAGUAAACUCGGGUCGAUAUGUGAAUGUUGUGCUUAGGAACAAAAAAAUAAUCGAUCCACGGCAGGCAUCAUUGCAUAGGUUAAGAAAAAAACCGCUGUUCGUGUCUUCUCGGUGUUCUAGGGUUAGAUUAGAGUAUUUAUCAAUUGAAAUAUUGGACGUAAGGCUCGCAGUCAAAUUUUUGAAGACAAUCAACAAAAAGAGACUUAAACAUUUGAUGUUAACUUAUUCCACUUGUGAACAUUAUUUUGAUGCUGUUGACAUUUUUGGUAUAGACUUUGUUGCCCUUGAAGUUUUGGAAAUUGAUGCUAGCGAUUGUGAUUUAGAGCUGAAGAAUAAUCGCAUCAGUAUAGUAAAUAUGAAAGGGUUAAAAUCACUGAAAAUUAAGUGUUGGCGUGCAGAUAGAGCACUCAUUCAAAUGAUAAAUGAGCAGCAAGCGUUAAAAUGUCUCAAAGUGGAGCUGAUUGCUUAUGAGGAUAAUAAUCAUAAACUUUUGUUGCAACAAUGUGGUUUAGAAGAUUUAUUGGAGGAUCUCUUCAUCAGUUCUUAUCUGCCAUUUAAGGAAUUGAUAACGCUGAUAAAUCGUUAUAAGCAAGUGAAGGUAUUUCACGUAAACAGUAAAUUGGUAGAGUUAUCAUGUAUUAGCACCGAUAUACAGUUCUUAGAAAAUGGUAGGCACAUGUCAAGUCCUGAUCAUGGAAAUUUAGCGCAGUCAGGAUUAGAAAUGCUAUGUAUUCACGCAGAUGGAGAUUUUCCGAAGUUAAUUGAAUUUAUGGCACAUCUUAGCCUUGCACAAUUCGCAAACGUAAAGAAAUUGGUGAUAAAAGAUGGAUUGUAUCGUUAUAGAUGGAAUGUGGGCAGACAUCCGGAAUCAUUUGAGCGAAAUGAAGGAAUGGAGUUGAAUGUUCUCAUCGAGAAUAUUUUCAUGACAUUCAAUAGGCUAGAAAUUCUAAUUAUCAAUGAUAUGAAUGAUAUAAUGCCUAGAAAAAUGAUCGGUUGUCUCGAUGAGUUUUUUUCAACGCGAUUUAAAUCCGUCAAGAUGCGAUAUGAAUGGUCAAAUGAGUAUGAUGAAGAGAGAGUUAUUUGGGAACUCUAUAAAUAAAA